AUGAAUCCUUUAGACCCUGUAGAAUUCAGAAGAAAUGGCCAUAUGGUCAUAGACUUCCUUGCUGAUUAUUACCAAAAUAUCCAAAACUACCCUGUCAAAAGCCAAGCCAAACCAGGCUUUCUACUAGAAAGUUUGCCUGAUUGUGCCCCAUUGCACCCCGAGUCAAUUGAAACCAUAAUCAACGAUGUGCAAAGAGAUAUUAUUCCAGGUAUAACACAUUGGCAAAGUCCAAACUUCUUUGCCUAUUUCGCGUCUAGCGGAAGCACAGCAAGCUUUCUCGGUGAAAUGCUUAUCAACGGCUUUAAUGUCGUUGGAUUCAACUGGGAAUCAUCUCCGGCUGCAACCGAGCUGGAGAUGAUUGUUAUGGAAUGGUUAUUGAAACUACUACAACUUCCCAACUGUUUCUUAUUCUCAAACGGUGGAGGAGGUGUUUUGCAUGGAACUACUUGUGAAGCCUUCAUAUGCACGUUACAUGCUGCAAGAGAAAGUAUACUUGAUCAUAUUGGAAGAGAAAAUGCACGAAAGCUUGCGGUAUACUGCUCCGAUCAAACGCAUUUUUCUUUCCAAAAGUCUGCGAAAAUUGUUGGGAUCAACCCGAAGAAUAUCCGACAAGUUUCAACGUCGAGAUCAUCAAAUUUUAAGUUAUCCCCGCGAUUACUGGACGAGAUGAUUAAGAAAGAUAUUGAAUCUGGGUUGGUUCCAGUGUAUUUAUGUGUUACUGUUGGGACAACGUCAAUGGCGAUGGUGGACCCCGUGGGACCGUUGUCAGAUGUGUCCAGUGCAUACAAUAUGUGGGUCCACGUGGAUGCCGCGUAUGCUGGUACCGCCUGUAUUUGCCCCGAGUUUCGUCACUUCCUCAAUGGUGUGGAGGGUGCAAGCUCCUUCAGUUUUAAUGCACAUAAAUGGAUGCUUACAAAUCAAUCUUGUUGUUGCCUUUGGGUUAAGGACAAAUCGGCUCUUACCAAAUCUCUCUCAACAAAUUCGGAGUAUUUGAAAAACCAAGCCACUGAAUCAGGACAAGUAGUCGAUUACAAAGACUGGCAGAUCGUGCUGUCGCGAAGAUUCCAAGCCUUAAAGUUAUGGAUGGUGCUAAGGAGCUAUGGGGCGAAUGGUUUGAGAGAAGUCAUAAGGAAACAUGUGAAUCUGGCUAAGGAUUUUCAAAUGCUCGUGAGCGCGGAUAAAAGGUUUGAGAUUAUAGUGCCUAGAUAUUUUUCUAUGGUGUGUUUUCGAGUUUCUCCUGAGGUGAUUGGUCAGUGCUAUGACACUGAGCACGAAGCAAACGAGUUCAACCAAAAGCUGUUGCAAUCUGUGAACGCGACAGGGUGUGUUUACAUGACGCAUUCGAUCGUUGGAGGGGUUUAUUUUAUUCGGUUUGUUGUUGGGGCAACUCUCACUGAAGAUAGGCAUGUGAUAAUGGCUUGGAAGUUGAUUUGUGAUCAAGCAACUUCCAUGUUGUGUACACCAACGCCUAAGUGUAUUUAA